AUGUGUAGGAAGACUAAGGGAGUGUUCCUUUUGUUCUUUUCUGUAAGACUUGGCAUAAUGCUUUGGGAGGUUAGAUUUCAGCACCUCUAUUCCUCAUAUCUGGAAAGAGGACUGCCAUGGUUUAAGCCAGAUACUUUGACAGGAAAGAUGGCUACUGAUGGAAGAUUGUUUGGCGAUGCACAGCUCAAAGCUUCAAACCUUAGGCUCAAAAGCCUGUAUAAAGAGAUGAAAGCUCUUGUGCUGUACAUGGGAGUUGUAUUCUUGAUAUUCAACAACAAGAUCCGAAGCAAAGCAAUCAGGUUGUUGGGAUUUCUUUGGAUACCCAAUUCAGAAGUAAUGUUCCUAUUACUUCUGAUUUCCACAAUUACCUUUAUAGAGAAACUCUGUGGUGUAGGGCUCACACUAGUAGAAGGCACGUGCAGUGUGAGAUAUAUAGAGUAUCCGUUUAAUAUGGUAGUUUUAUUUCUUGUAGAGCUCCCACUCACAAUAUGCCUCAUAAUAAAGCUUUUUGAGCUCCUGAGGAAAAAGACUAUGGCGACAUUCUAUGCUGCCUUUGUAAUAAGCAACUUAUUCAACACCUUUUGGAAUGCAAGGAUAGAUAAGAACAGGCUAACCAAGGUUCCUCUUGAGAAGUUUCCGUCGAAACUACAAGCGAUGCUUAAGUCCGAGGGACUGGAAGAAUCGAUCUACAAAGUUAAAGGCACCCAAGAGAAAAAAAAUGCAUCUCUGAUUGGAUUUAGCAGCUUUAAAAGAAUUGAAAUAACCGGAGACUUUGACAAAGAUCCAAAAAAACUAUAUCCUGUCCUGUUCCAUGAAAUAGGCCAUUCGAUUGAUAACAUUAUACUAAAGAAAAAGAUUAUUAUACACAUAAUAGUGGGAUGCGAGGCGUUAGCAUUUUGGUUGAUUUAUGUAAAAGGAAGCAAGGCUUUUGGAUUUUCAGACAUAACGUCCGAGUCAUUUGUCUUGAUCAUUCUUGCCAUGUAUCUGGUUCUUGGAAGGACUUUGAUCCUUAUCCCUUUAAAUAUGUAUGUGCAGCGUUCGGAGUUAUUUGCCGAUGAAAUUGCAUUGGCAAACGGACAUGGAAAAGAGCUUUCUCAAACACUGUUUGACAUGGCUUUAGAGCACAGCACAGUUAUUGAUACGACAUAUCUUUUCAAUGCGAUAGCAUCGUUACAUCCUAUUGUUAGAGAAAGAAUCGAUAGAUGUGGAAGUCUCCUGCAGAAAUAG